AGUGGCUAUCUAUCAACCAGAGAGGUAUUGAUAAAUUGCACUCCUCGUUCAUUGAGGAAUCUCUCCCGGUCUAUGCUGUUUACCCUGUGGAUGUCUUUAUGAAGGUUCGACAUCUGGAUUUGCAUGUGCAUCGGGAGCCAUCGAUCUUCGGCAAUUUUCUACAUCAUCUCGUUUCGAAUUCCAGCCCUAUAGAAAUCCUCUGCUUGACUGGCGAUAUGUACCAAUCUCACUGGAGCGAAGUACACCAAUACCUACUAUCAGCCACUGAGGGUCUCGAUGCAGACGCCGUCAACACCAUUAUGCCGCGUCUCCGAGAACUAAGCUUCUGCGGCUUCGACCUGAGUCUACCAUGGCUCCCCGCUCUGCGCAAGAUCGUUGACUUUGCGAAACUGACAAAACUCUACGUCACAAAAUGCGAUGCUGCGUCCGCGUUCUUGCACGACCUAGCAUCGAUUGCAGAGAUCAAAAUGUUUCGUCUCGAACACCUCGCCGUCGAUGCUUUGAAUGAAAGUUCCUAUCACUACGACGACGAAGCUGCCAGCGCCAGCGCCAGCGCCGAAGCAAUUGACAAAUGCAUGGCGAAUAUCGUCCGAGAAAGCAGCCGCGGUCUCAAGACUCUCCACCUAGGCUGGCACGAACAUUACGAGGACGGACAGGGACAGACUAAUAUCCUCAUCCGAAACCUCCUUGACGAAAUCUGCAGCAGCCACGGAGAGUCCCUGCGCAUCUUGGGGUUACACACGCACAAUUAUGCAGACUAUGAAGAAGGCGUGGAGGCGCUGAGUCCUGAGGAUCUCGAACGUGUGUGUAGAGCCUGUCCUAAGAUUGAGGAGUUGGGGUAUCAAUUGGGGUCCGGGGUGUUGGAUGGUGAUACCGAGGAUGGAGAUGCGUUGGAUGCUUUUGUGCAAAACAUAGCCCUCCUCCCCUCCCUACAUACCCUGCACCUGCGCUUCCCGCACGAACUCGAGGUAUCGGGAUUCGACCCCUAUCGCUACGAUCCCGAUGAGCGACCAGAAUAUAUGGAGGGGCUAGCGAAAGAAUUGAGAUUAGUCGCCAGGAAGAUAUUUAGUAAAUUAGAAGCCUAUCAAACGACCAAGGGGGAAGGAGGGAGAGAGGAUAGAAGGAAUAGGUUGGAGAAGAUUGUGAUUGGGCAUCUCACGACGUUGAGGCAGCAUACGAGUAAGUGUUCGCUUCCGCAGCAUUGUUUCGUUAGGGGGGGUUUUGAGGAGGGUGGGAAGAUUGUUGGAGGGUAUUCGGAUGAUAAAGAGGAUAUGCAAGAAGAAGAUGAUAGUGGGGGUGAUGACGAUAAUGUCAAUGGCGAAGGCGACAGUGGAGACCACGGAGACACUAGCAGUGUGGAGCCACAGAACUGUGAGGUUGCGGCGAAGCCAGUUCUGCGAUCAACGUUGCGCAGGAUGCGAUUGAAUACGCGUGUCUUAGAUAUAGAUGUUGGGGUAGAGCCUUUUGAGCAGUGGGCUAGGAGGGCGUUGUAGGGCAGAGUGUGUGUUCUUGUAAUGCGACAUAUUCUUUUCUUCUGCAACACAUGUCUCAUUAGAGUUAAAAGGUUAAUCCUCAGCUAUUGGUAUUUGAGAUAUAAGAGCAAAAUAUGCUGGAACAAGCAUUUCUCCAGGUAA